AUGCCCGCUCUCACAGAGGCGAUUCACUCGCAGUAUGACUCGAUUUUGAUUCUCGACUUCGGGUCGCAGUACUCGCACCUGAUCACUCGGAGAUGUCGAGAGCUCAACGUCUACUGCGAGAUGCUUCCGUGCACUCAAAAGAUCUCUGAGCUAGAUUGGAAACCCAGCGGCAUCAUCCUAUCUGGCAGCCCCUACUCAGUCUAUGACGAAGGCGCGCCCAGAGUUGACCCUGCGGUGUUCGAAGCAGGUGUGCCCGUGCUGGGUAUAUGCUAUGGCUUGCAAGAGAUUGCCUGGAAUCACGGUGGCAAGGUCGACCCACACGAUCGGCGGGAGUAUGGCAAGGCGGUCAUCGACGUCGUCAAGACGGGCGAUCCACGCAUGGACCGCCUCUUCAAGGAUGAGCCCAGCCAGGUACCAGUAUGGAUGUCACACGGCGAUCAGCUAUCAAAGCUGCCGGACAACUUUAAAGUCAUCGCUCGGACUCCGACCGCUCCUUUCGCCGCCAUUGCGCACGAGACCAAGGACAUCUUCGGUGUGCAGUUCCAUGCUGAGGUGACGCACUCUCCGCGGGGCAAGGAGCUGUUCUCUGCAUUCAUCGACAUCUGUGGCGUGCGCCGGGAUUGGAACAUGGGUACAUUCAUCGAGAAAGAGGUCGCCCGCAUUCGCGAGUUUGUCGGGCCCACCGCCAGGGUUUUAGGUGCUAUCUCAGGCGGCGUGGACAGCAGUGUGGCGGCGAAAUUGAUGCAUCAAGCCAUUGGCGAUCGCUUCCACGCCGUCAUGGUUGACAAUGGCGUUUUGCGGGCUGGAGAAGCGAAGCAGGUGGAUGAAAUGCUGAACAAGCAUCUGGGAGUCAACGUCACCAUUGUGGACGCAUCCGACCUCUUUCUCUCCAGACUCGAAGGCGUCGAGGAUCCGGAACAGAAGAGAAAGAUCAUCGGCAACACCUUCAUCAACGUCUUCGAGGCCCAGGCUGCAAAGCUGGAGAAGCAAGCCGAAGAAGAGGAAGCUGAAGCGAAGAGACUCGGAUCGCAGCAUCAACCCAAGGGCAAGUAUGAGUUCCUCCUUCAAGGGACUCUCUACCCAGAUGUCAUCGAGAGCAUCAGCUUCAAGGGACCUAGUGCUACGAUUAAAACUCAUCACAACGUUGGUGGCUUGUUGGCGGAUAUGAAGCUGAAGCUGAUCGAGCCAUUGAGAGAGCUCUUCAAAGACGAGGUACGGGAACUGGGCAAGUUAUUAGGCAUUCCAGCGCAUCUGGUCGGCAGACAUCCUUUCCCAGGACCAGGCUUGGCAAUUCGCAUCCUGGGCCCAGUAACGCGGUCACAGGUAGCUAUUCUGCAGGCGGCCGACUCGAUUUACAUCGAAGAGAUCAGGAAGGGUGGGUUCUAUGACCAAAUCAGUCAAGCGUUCGCAGUGCUGUUGCCAGUUCGAGCCGUUGGUGUGCAGGGCGACAAGAGGACAUAUGAUCAAGUGAUCGCAUUGCGAGCUGCGCAGACCACCGACUUCAUGACUGCCACUUGGUUCAAUUUCCCGCACGAUUUUCUCUCGAACCUGUCCAAUCGGAUCACUAAUGAAGUCACGGGUAUCAAUAGAGUGGUGAUGGACAUCUCGUCAAAGCCCCCGGCGACGAUUGAGGUGAGCGAUUUCUCGUCCCGGAACAGACCCGCUCCUCACCCAUGCUAA